UUAUUAUGUAAUUUAAUAGAACGAUAUCGAUGGUCGCAGCGCCGCCUGUAGCGCGUUCUGUCGGGCAGAGCAGUAACAACAGCGCUGCCUCCAUGGCAACAGUGGCGGAGUUAAAGUCCGCUCUGCGGGAGGCACUGGAGGCGCGGGGUGUUUUGGGGCAGCUGAAGGCCCGGAUCCGAUCUGAAGUCUUUCGGGCACUGGAUGACCAGAGUGAGGAGCGACCCCCCUUGACCCAUGAGAACUUGCUGAUUAAUGAACUGAUCCGUGAAUACCUGGAGUUCAAUAAGUACCGAUACACGGCAUCUGUUCUAAUCGCUGAGUCAGGUCAGCCUGAGGUUCCUCUGGACCGGCGGUUCUUGGCAAGUGAGCUGAAUGUUGUAGAAGAGCCGAGUGCUGCAGCAGUUCCUCUGCUAUAUAGCCUGCUCUCACACUUCCUCAGCAGUGCAGACAGCGGAAAACUUUUCCUGAGGAACCCUCCGAACCCCCAACAACACCCCCAACAAGCCAAUAAGGGUGACGGAGAGAGUUUAUAAGCUCUCAAGGGAUCAGAUCAGAUUAUUCAAUUACUGUUUACAUGUUAAAGUGCCCAAACAGCUCAUUUUAAUGUGUUUUUGCCUUGAGUACAAGUUAAAUGUUGUGUGUAACAGGCAAUUUAAGAGUGUGUGCAGGUAAUGAGAUGUUUAUUAGUGUAAAAUAUUAAUAUUAAUUCUCAUGCAUUGUCUGUUUUAAUGCUGUUUUAUAUUUUCUCGUAUUAAACCUUCUUUGUUGCACAGUAA